AUGGCAUCAGGAAAUCAUUGUACAGUGGAUGAGUUUAUCCUAACUGGGCUCUCAAAGAAUUCAGGUCUCCAGCUGCCUCUCUUCCUCCUCUUCCUAGGAAUCUAUGUGGUCACUGUGGUGGGGAAUCUGGGCAUGAUCACCCUGAUUGGGCUCAGUUCCUACUUGCACACACCAAUGUACUAUUUCCUCAGCAGUCUGUCCUUCAUUGAUCUCUGUCAUUCCACAGUUAUUACCCCAAAAAUGUUGGUGAACUUUGUGAAAGUGAAAAACAUCAUCUCCUAUCCCGGAUGCAUGACUCAGCUCUACUUCUUCCUCAUUUUUGCCAUUGCAGAGUGUCACAUGUUGGCUGCAAUGGCAUAUGACCGCUAUGUUGCCAUCUGUAACCCCUUGCUUUACAAUGUAACCAUGUCCCAUCAGACUUACAGUUCCCUGAUUUCAGGGGUGUAUAUUAUUGAUGUGGUUUGUGCAUCAGCGCACACAGGCUUCAUGAUCAGAGUUGAGUUCUGUAACUUAGAUGUGAUCAACCACUAUUUCUGUGAUCUUCUUCCCCUCCUGAAGCUUGCUCACUCUAGCACUUAUGUUAAUGAGUUGUUGAUACUAUGUUUUGGUACUUUUAACAUUGUUGUCCCAACGUUAACUAUUCUUACUUCUUACAUCUUCAUCAUUGCCAGCAUCCUCUCCAUUAGUUCUACUGAGGGCAGGUGUAAAGCCUUCAGCACCUGCAGCUCCCACAUCUCUGCUGUUACUGUGUUCUUUGGUUCGGCUGCAUUCAUGUACUUACAGCCAUCCUCAGUCAACUCCAUGGAACAAGGGAAAGUGUCAUCUGUGUUUUAUACCAUUGUUGUGCCCAUGCUGAACCCCUUAAUCUACAGCCUAAGGAAUAAGGAUGUCAGUGUUGCCCUGAAGAAAAUACUAAACAGAAAAUCGUUCAUGUAA